UUUAUUUCAGAAUUACUAGGCAACCCACCCCCAGAUGUGUAAUUUAAAGGUGAUGUGCUUGCAUUGGGAUCUUCAGGAUUUGCUCAAUUGAGCACCAUCAUGUGAUACUGGGAUAUAGUGGAGUUCAGCUUUAAGGGGGUGUCUCCAGCUCUCCUCACCAAUCUUUAGGAUCUGAGCUGGAGAAAUACCAGUGGAUGCUUUUCCCAGUGCCUUGCUCCUUGUUCUCCAUCCUCCCUUCUGCUCCAAACCAUCAGCAAAUCAAGGAACGGAGGAAAAUCAGAACAAUUACAAGAUUGUACCAGGGCAUCAGGGAAACGAAGUGACAGCGUUUGGUGAGAUCCUGCUGCUUGAGUGAUGAGAACUUCUUGAGCUUCUGGAACCAGUGGGGGAAAAAAACCUGUCAGUGCAGUCCAGACCAAUGCAGGACAUGGAUGCUAGUUCCAAUAACAUGAAUACAUCAUUUCUCUCCUCUCUUGGGAAUCAGUCCAUCCCUCUGAACUUCUCAGAGAAGAACUCCAGAAUCCUACACUUCCCAGAUGAAGAUUGCCAUGUUCCAUUGGCCAUGGUCUUCACCUUGGCUUUGGUUUAUGGGGCUGUGAUCAUUCUUGGCGUCUCUGGCAAUCUGGCCUUGAUUAUCAUAAUCUUAAAACAGAAGGAGAUGCGCAAUGUUACCAACAUCCUUAUUGUCAACCUUUCCUUCUCAGACCUUCUAAUGACCAUCAUGUGUCUCCCCUUCACCUUUGUAUACACUUUAAUGGACCACUGGAUUUUUGGGGAGGCCAUGUGCAAGCUGAAUCCUUUUGUGCAGUGUGUCUCAAUCACAGUUUCAGUUUUCUCUUUGGUUCUCAUUGCAAUUGAACGCCAUCAGCUGAUCAUCAAUCCUCGAGGGUGGAGGCCCAAUAACAGACAUGCCUACAUAGGGGUUGCUGCCAUCUGGAUUUUAGCUGUGGCUUCCUCCUUGCCUUUUUUGGUUUAUCAUGUAUUAACUGAUGAACCCUUCAAAAAUAUUACAAUCGAUGAAUAUAAGGACAAAUAUGUGUGCUUGGACUUGUUCCCUUUGGACACUAUCAGGCUUUCUUAUACAACAGCUCUGUUGGUGAUACAGUACUUUGGACCACUUUGUUUUAUAUUUAUUUGCUACUUAAAGAUAUACAUACGCUUAAAAAGAAGGAACAACAUGAUGGACAAGAUGCGAGACAAUAAAUACAGAUCCACUGAAACAAAAAGGAUCAACAUCAUGCUGAUUUCUAUUGUGGUUGCAUUUGCAGUCUGCUGGCUGCCUCUUACCAUCUUUAAUACUGUGUUUGACUGGAAUCAUGAAAUUCUACCUGUUGCCAGCUGCAGCCACAAUUUGUUGUUCUUGAUUUGUCAUCUCACAGCCAUGAUCUCCACUUGUGUGAACCCUAUCUUUUAUGGAUUCCUCAACAAAAAUUUCCAGAGAGACUUACAAUUUUUCUUUCAUUUUUGUGAUUUUCGCUCCAGGGAUGAUGAUUAUGAGACUAUAGCCAUGUCCACAAUGCACACAGAUAUUUCAAAGACCUCUUUGAAGCAAGCAAGCCCAGUCGCAUUUAAAAAAAUAAAUAACGAUUAUGAUGAAAAAAUAUAAUCCCCACCCAUGCAACUCAAAGUAUUGGCAGAAUGGUCAUAGGUGAUAUGGGUCCAAGGAAAAGCACAAAGUUGUAACAAAAUGCAUAAUGAUUUUUUUCUAGGAACUCUCUUGUUACUUUGAAAUUAUAUGCUGUGCAUUUUCCCCUAUUGCUGCAUUAAUAUUCACAGCAGUUAUAUUUGAAUCACAUUAUAAGAUACUGUUGGACCUGUUUCUACUUAGGGUUUUCAUCAGCAUUCUUUUAAUCUUUUAUUGCACAGUUAUGCACGUCUGCACUGAGGUUUAUCUAUUGUAUUUAUUAAAAAAGGAAUAUUUUUCAGCAGUGUGAAUAUAUACAAGCCUAUUGGAAACAAUAGUCUGAAUGAGACUAUCACUAAGAAGACGGUCUGGUAUAAAAUUAGAUCAUUCUGAUUUGAAGAGCUUUAUUUUAAAUCCACUUUUAGAGCAGUAUUAAAUAAAACCACAUUAGCAGGAAUAGAGAAACAAGAAUGGCUCCCUCACAAACCCAAAUUAAAUUAAAUGGUGGUAUGUAUAUGCAUUGUUUAUAGACAUAACUUGUGCUCUAAUCAAUUAGGAACAAAGAAAGAAUUAAGGGACAAUUUUUGUUCUCAUUUACACUGGUGUAUAUCCACAGUAAUUUCAUUGAAAUGAACGGAGUUACUCUGGCUUUUCAUCAGUGUAACUUUGGCAGAAUUUAGCUUUUAAUUAUGUCUUUGAUCCUAAUGUUACAGCUAGAUUUAAUGAUGCUUAUUUCCAGGGCUCGACAGGGCAAUCUACUCGCCCGUGGCAAGUAGAUUUUAGCCCGGCACGGCGCCGCAGCGCGAUCAGUGCAUGCACAGUGCAGUCUGUGCAUGCGCAAUGUGCCAAAUUUUAAAAUUUAAGGUUUCUGUCUGCUAACAUUUGAGGAAAUCAGGACUUUUAGGAUGAAGUUCACUCAAAACAUACAUACCAUUUAAAUACUACUUAAACUCUUUUUUUUUUUUUUUUAAAGGAUCUCAAUCUCAGUAUGUUUAAGAGCCAGAUAUUUGCAUGGGUUGGAAUUUCACUCACAAAAUCAGGACCACAAGAAAAAAAAUGCUGGUCCUUGCUAUCUGAAGUUUUAAUAAUGAUUACUUUGCUAAUCUACAUUAAUAAUUUAGAUCUAUUUUCUGCCCUCAGAUUCACUUAUUAAUUUCUGGAUUUCCUCCAAUACAAUGGAAGAGUUAAGCCAGAUUUGCACCACUGUAAAGGAGGGCAGAAUUUGGCCUGACAUUUAUGUUGGCAUGUUUGGUUGCCAUACACAAAUUCCAUCUUUUGAUCAAUGGGAUUUUCAUCAGUGGAGGCCACUCAUCAUUCACCCGAAAUACAAAUACAGGCAGUCCCCGGGUUACGUACAAGAUAGGGACUGUAGGUUUG